AUGUGUCGUGAAGUGUGUGUACUGCCAGCCGGAGGAGUCCACGCUUUACCAGCCGCCUUUCUUAUCAAUCAGCUACUAGAUGUGAUGCAGAAGCAGCGGAAAGACGUUAUCCCCUCUUGCACAGCUCAUCCGACGGAGCAACUUUUGUAUUGUGAAUGUUGCGACUUGGUGUUCUGCCAACAAUGCCAAACUUCAGUUAUCAACGUCAUGGCUCAAAUGGGAGAAGCAUUGUUUUCUUCAACCACUGAAAUGAAGCAUUCUUCGCUAUAUUCAGCCUCUUUCAGCAAGAAAUGCACUCAACACACGGUUAUUCCAUUUUCGAUCGCACUGAAGCGAAUGUCAGAAAUCGUGGUUUAUCGUGCAAAGAUGUGCGCUCUUCAGGGUCGACUUCGCGCUCUGGAUCAGGCUCAUGUAUGUGUUAGCCAGGAAAUCGAACAGUUGGACAAAAAUGUGGAUAAGAUUGUUGACCAGAUCAACGGCACAUUUCAGGAAGUAUCGAAUACAGUCGAGAAUCGCCGCCGCGAUCUCAUCGAGACUGUGCGAGUGCGGCGUGACGAAAAACGCAAGGUGCUAAAAGAUCAGAUCGAAGCGAUCACGGACGAAAAAAAGAAACUUGCCAAGGAAUUGGAAUCUUGUCAACUGGAUGUGCGAUCCAUGGCACGUCAGCUGAAGACCAUGGAUACUGGAUGGGAACGUCAACUGACGCAGCCACGAGAGAAUGCCUUUUUGAAGCUGAACACGAACUCUAGCCAGUUGAUCUGCGAUAUUCAGCGAUGCCUAGCAGAUUUCGGUUCAUUAACGGCUUCAACAACGUUCCCCGGUGAAACAGUAGUCGAGCUACUCGAUACGGCGUCAACGUACACGGAAGUGAAGCUGAUUGUUAGGACAUUUGAUGUGGACUGUCGGCCGAGAACAACUGGUGGAGAUCCUCUGGACGUACGACUUCGAUGUGAUGAGUGCUCGCUACCAAUUUCAGUCAACGAUCUCAAUGAUGGCACUUAUGAGUUGUCCUUCAGGACAUUUGAUGUGGACUGUCGGCCGAGAACAACUGGUGGAGAUCCUCUGGACGUACGACUUCGAUGUGAUGAGUGCUCGCUACCAAUUUCAGUCAACGAUCUCAAUGAUGGCACUUAUGAGUUGUCCUUCAGGGUACAACAGUCUGGCGACUAUGUGGUUGACGUGGACAUUUUUGGUCGUCCAAUAAAGAAUAGCCCAUUCCCCGUAUCGGUUUCAUCGCACCACAUGCCAAAAUGGCAGUUGCCUGUUGAACUUCAUCAACCUGUCAAAGUAGCAAUGAAUGGCGAUCACGUGCUUCAUGUUCUUGACACUGGUAAUGAAAGAGUGAGAAUUGUCAAAGACAGCGGUGAAGUGGUCAACGACAUCAAAGCACCUUGCCUGAACGGCGGCACAGCCGUUGGUAUGGCACUUUUGAGUGGAGGCGAUAUGGCUAUUCUCAAUUGGAGGACGAAAAGCAUCACACGCCUAGGACCGAAGGGGGACGAGAUACAAAGCAUCAGUUUCUCUGAAUUCAACGAGCCGAUCGAUCUUGCUGCUGACCAUCGUGGAAGGUAUCUUAUUGCAGAUGCACAAAAAGUUUUCGUGUUCGACUCGAAUUUGCGGCCACAGUUCAGCUUUCCUACUCGCGGGCAUACGGUUACCUCGGUGAACGUUGGUCUGGAUGACGACAUUUUAGUGGGAACAACUCACGGGCUUCUUCUAUUCGAUGGGGCUGGAAGAUUCUUACGAGAGAUUCCUAUUGCACCGGAGGAACACAAGGGUCGCACUAUGGUGUCGACAUGUGCAGUUUGUCCUGAAAGUGGCCUUGUCAUUGCUGGAGUUGUGGAUGCGAAAACGAACAAGGCACAAUUGGCGAUUUCCCGCUACAAAGGAGCGUUCGUCUUCUACAUCGAUUCUUAUGGUGCUCGUCUACGACGCCCUUGUGGUGUUUGCGUUGGCACUGGUCCACGAGCUGGACAAUGCCUGAUAGUCGACCAUGCGUCUAAUUCGGUGCGGAUGUAUAGGUUCAAAUAA